GAGCAGAUAGUCUUGGACAAGUGCGUGGAGACGGCGCUUGCCAAAAUGUCUAAGGUACAUGACCUCCUAGGCCGCUUGGAACAGUAUGUGGGCAGCAGGAACAAAGACUGCCGGGCCAAGAGGGCCCUGGAUAAUCUCGAAGCCAAGCUGAAAGAUGUGGAGUCCGGUGCAGCCGUCUUCUCGCCGCGGUCAGUUGAGCGAGCCCAGCUGAAGAAGGCCAAGCACGAAGAGAAGUUGGUCCAGAUCCAGAAAUGGUUGCAGUGGCGCGCCAGGUUGGCAAGGGUGUGCCUGCCCAAGCUUUUCGAGGAAAUCUUUUGGCUGACAACUCACUUCCUACCAGACGCCCUUCUGAAUGUUCGAUCACAGCUGGCUCUAGCAGGCAUGCAAGGUACUUUGGAAGAAUGGGAAGCUGACUUCCUAGACUUGAUCACUUUUGACCAUGGGACUAGCGCUGGUGGCCAGCGAGCACUGGCUGAGCAGCGUAAAAGGCAGAAAGUGAGUCACAAUGACAGCGCUAUGACAGCGUGUGUUCCGCAUCGGCCUCCCACCGCUGCAGCAGUGCCACCAGCAGCCCAGCGGAUGGAUGCUUUAUCGGAGGAGUUUAACUCAUGCGAGUGUACCGAGUCCAAAGAAAUGGUGCUUCGAAAAUUGGGGGAGCCCAUGCUCCUUGCAUACUUGGAUAUCACGGUGCCUUGCACGGACAUCAUCGAGAGCGCUAGAACAUCGACAUCCAGCAGUGCUGGGAUAAAAGCGCUUGCAAAGAUAUCCUUAGGCCACUCUGAGAGUGGAGUGCACAAAGUCUUGGAUGAGCAGGAUUGCAAGCUUGCUGUUCCCCUCCAGUUUGUUGACCUCCCCACCCAAAAAAAGGUUCCAUACAUCCGAAUGACUGACUGGAUUUUCUUCCUUGCAAGCACAGGGAGGCUACACUACUUGGUUGGCACGAGUGAUGUAAUGAAACGCCGCGAGCUCUGCCUGGAGUUUUGGCGUCGCCUCAAGCAAUCAAGACCGGAUCACCCAGUUUACAGCAGUGGAAAGCGUGCUGGAAGAGAGGACACUGAUCGCUUGAGGAACACCAUUCCGCUUUUGCAUCACGGCGACGAAGGCCGUACCUACCGGAAAUCGCCGCUGAUGGUGCUGAGUACGCACGGGGUGCUUGGUCGAGGAUGCAGCCAAGCUGCCGAUCAAAACAAGGACAACUACACUGCGCAGGAAGACCCAAUGCGCCUCAACUUCUUAGGCAGCACGCUCACCACCCAUUACAUUUUUGCAGCGCUCCCUCACUUCUUGUAUAAGAAGUGCCCGGGAGCUCUAGACACGAUGCUGGAGCUCUAUGCCAAAGAUAUGGAGUCGUUGGCAACCAACGGUUUGCUGUUGCCGGACGGAGAUUCUGUUCAACGCAUUUACUUUCAAACAGUGGCUGUCAAGGGUGACCUUCCAUACUUAGGCAAGGCAGGGCAUUUCUCGCGUACCUAUUCCAUGUGUCCGAAACAGUCUGAAAGCAAAAAGGCGGGUUCAGGCAUUUGCUAUCGUUGUUGGGGUGGCGUGGAAGGAGGUCAGGAAACUUGGCCUUGGGAAGAGUUCGCUUUGCAGGCACGGUGGCGGCAAACUGAUGGUGUGGAGCCGGCAGGCUUCGAUCGGGCGGGCCCCCUGCUGCACAUUCCACAUGACAAGGCCAUGUGGCUUUACCGAUUGGAUUGUUGGCAUACAUUCCAUCUUGGUUGCGGCAAAAGCUUUAUAGCAUCGGCUAUUGUCACUCUGCUGGAAUCCAUGGAGGAACAGGGUACGGUAGAUCAACGGCUGGCUUUGCUCAGUGAGGACUACAGGUGCUUUUGCAAGCGAACCCGCCGCUACGCCUUCAUAACUCAGAUCAGUCGUGAUUUGCUUGCGUGGCAGAACUCAAAUGACAUGCCCGCAGGGGCAUGGCACGAGGGUUUCCUGACGACGCGCUUGUUUGAGUGGCUCGAAGAUUACAUGGGAAGGCUGCACAAGGAUGACACACAUCCGGCAUUGAGUGAAGUUGUGCCCCGGAUGUUAGUGUUUUACAUUCUUUUGUUUCAACGUUUAUGA